CCGUACACAAAAACUAGGUUAGGUCAGCAUUAUGUUGUUGUUUUUUUGGCGAAUUUAAAAAACUUUCUUCACGAGGUGCUGUUGAGAGUGCAGAGGAAUAGGCCUUCUUUUGAGAGUCUUAAUUAUUGGAAACCAGGAAAGUGGUGAGUGACUGAGGAGCGACGUGGAGUAGGCCUAUGGAUGAUGGGCGAAAUGAUUUGAAAGAACAUGGAAGAUUUUGAUUACUCGAUAAUCAGUGCAAAGCGUGGAGCUUUCCAGCCUGCCAGAAAAGGCCUAAGAUUUGGGAACUUCGAGAGCAUCAAGGUUCUGCCAAAUGUCGGCGAAGUCACUGAUGAGAAGUUAAAGUUAACCGGUGCACACUUCAGCAACAAACAGAUUUUCCUCAAAGUCUGUCGCUGGUUUGAAACAUGGAUGCCAUGGCAGAAACGCAUCAUGUUGUGUGGGACGACAGACCGUUGCUCCAAUGGGCAGCUGGAGUAUCUCACUACAGCCUUAGAACCUGUUUUCCACAGAGACUUCUCUGCAUCUCUUCAGAAGGAGAAAUAUCGAGGUGCCACUGGCAAGAUGGACCAGAAGGAAGACCCACAGAUUGCUUUGAUGAAGGCACUACAGAUGGCCACAAAGGGAACAGAGUUUGAAGAUGACUAUUUAUACAUCAGAAUUCCUAAUAAGAAAUCACAUACUUCUAUUAACUUAGAAGAAUUUGCCCAAGAGUAUGUGCAAGAGAUUAUUGACGGUGCUUUUGAAUUCAUGUACGGUAGACUGCCAAAAGGAGCUCCCUCUUCUGAUCAAAGUCGUCAAAGACGCAGUAUGUCCAGGUCUUGGAGGGAAGACGAAAGCCCUAGUCCUCAAGUUGCAAAGCUCACAGUGCCUAAAUUGAAAAGAUCAUCCGAAGAAGAAUGGUUGACUUCGGAAAGUACCAGUCAACGCUUGCCAACUAUGACCACCGAUUCAGACAAUCCCACCAGCGGAAUGACUGGAUCAGGUCUUCAGCGUACAGAGACAAGAAAUCGUAGAUUGGGUCCUCCUGAUCGAAUCCUCACUGCCCCAGCAUCACAGAGCUCCGUGACGGAUAAUUCAGCUAGACUCCGUCGGGACAAAAAAAGAUCAUCUGAAUUUCCCAAACACGGACGCCAUUGGACGUUCCCUGGGUGUCAGAACCUGCAAACACCUCUCUUCUCUGAAAUGCUGGAGGGGAAUAUAGCUACUGAUAGCGGUACUAACUUUACUCCGGGAUAUGGAACUGGUAGCUAUGUUCCACUGCAGACUAACAAAGUAUCUACACUUACAUGGUGUAUGAAGCACCAGAGGAGAGAUUCUACUCCAGCCAGUCCAGUAUCGCCAGGGAUGAGUAGGCAGUCAUCUCAUCAGCAUAAUAGUCAUAUUAGUGAAUGUACGGCAUAUACAAGAGACUUCUUUGAGCAGAAACCUCACACUCAAAAACUUGGAAGGAUGUACAGAGCUCUACGGAGUGGCAAGAUCAGAAAACCAGACAAGAUGACUGAUGUAAGCGUUCCACUACAGAAGACUUUCAAGAACGCCAAAUGGUGGGGUAAGGAGCCCUCUAGUGGCAGACAACUUGUACCUGCCCGUCAACGGGAUCUGAAGGAACACUUCAAGAAGCAGAUUAAGCAAAUAUGGGAGUGGAUGGGGGAAUGGGAGGAGUUUGAGAAAGGGGACCUACUAGUGGAGCUAAUUAAGAUGUGCGAUCAAGAUCUUGUGAGAUUCAUCGCCCAGUGUCUACAACAGAGGUUGCGAGAUCGGAAUGACAUCAACUACCUCCCAGACAAGAUCCUACUUCACAUCUUCUCCUUCUUACCUUCGAACGACAUCAUCAUGGCAGAGAGAGUUUGUCGUAGAUGGCAUUACAUAGCUGCGCAGGAUGAACUGUGGAGAAUCAAGUGCCAAGAAAUGGGUAAUCGUGAAGGUUUGGCUGAUCUGCCCGGUCUGGUGGAGGAAUUCAACCAAGGUUAUUCUGUUGAUUGGAGGAGUGCAUACAUUGAGCUAUGUCAGAUUGCCAGACAUGCUAAGACCCCAGCAGUUCAAACUGCACAAGUUGGUGAAACUGGAACCAAGAAGUGGCUCUCCUUCAAGUUUACAGAACUCCUGAAAAAGCGAACACAGACUCCAGAAUCAGUGAAAAUAACACCUGUUUCAAGUGAGAUGUUGUCAUCAGAGAGUAGUUCUAUUGAGGAUUGGAAUCGGCAGUAUAGCACAGUGGUGGAUGUACCGAUCCAGUUCAUGCAGGCUGCUGUGGUAUCAGAAGAGAGUGAGGAAGAUGAUAUCGAAGAGUUGACCAUGUCAGAGUUUGCAAUCCAAGGAUUAGCGCAGGACUUCAGUCUCUUCCCAGAGUUGGGCAGCACAACAGACAAACCCUUCCAGCCCUCUGUAAAACCAACGGAGCUCAUUAAAUUCCCCACUGGUACUACAACAGCCAGAGGGGACACUGGGGGAGAGACAAAAGGCGCAGAAGGUGCACCCAAAGUUGAAGAUGACAAUACAAAGAAAAAGAAGAAGAAGAACAAGAAGAAGAAGAAGAAGCCAAGAGGGAGUGAAGACGUUGCAUUGGAUAUCAGACCAGAGCUUGCUCAAGCAAAAGAUAUCUUGAGUGAGCUGCAAGGUGAUGUUGGACCGCCCAUAAAAUCCCUCAAGCAUCCUGGAUGGGUUAAACCAGUCAAGAGAGUACGUAGACUGCAGGGCCACACGGACGCAGUGUUCUGUCUCAUGUUCGAUAAAUGCAGGAUUUUUACGGGAUCAAUGGAUCGUUCGAUUCGUAUUUGGGAUAUCCGCAGCGGUCGAAGUAUCCGCAAGAUAUACGGUCAUAAGGGAGGUAUUCGUUGUCUUCAGUUUGAUAGCAUCCGGAUAGUGUCUGGAUCCUGGGAUAUGACAAUCAUGAUAUGGGACAUCAUCAAGUUUCAUCAUUUAGCUACGCUCACCGGACAUAUAGACGUGGUCUCAUGCCUUCAGUUCGACCCUAAACACAUGGUGUCUGGCUCACAUGACAGCACGAUACGGGUGUGGUCCAUGGAGGACUACCAGUGUCUGAGGGUGUUGAGGCAUCACAGGGAUAGUGUGUCCUGCCUGGUGUUUGAUGGUCACUUUGUUACCAGUGGAUCUGCUGACAGGACCAUCCGGAUGGCAAAUAUUUUCACAGGGGAAUGCGUACUCAAGUUAUCUGACUACAUCGAUGCAGUUACAGCUCUGGAUAUGCAAGGUGAUCUGAUUGUUGGGGGCACAUUGAGUGGAAAACUCUUCUUCUGGGAUAAGUUCUCCGGCAAGGCAGUAGCAGGGGUCCAGCCCCAUGACACCACCAUCUUCAAGAUUGUCUUCUUACCUAAAGGGAGAGGCGGGGCUAGAUUCCUCACAGCUGCGGGUGAUGGUUCAAUCAAAGAAUGGGACCUGCACAGUAUGACCUGUGUGAGGGCGCUGCAUGGACAUAAAGGAUCUGUACGGGAUGUUAGGGUUUCUGGUGACCGUAUUGUGAGCUGCAGCGAUGACGGUAAUGUCAGGAUAUGGGACAUGCUGACCCCGCCCUUACGACUUGGAGAUAAAGGGGAGGAUGAUACUAUUGAGACAAAGACCAUCGAUCAACGGAAGGAUAAGUAGGAGGAAAUGAUAUGCAACAUACAGCAUUGCCUUUAGGUUUGCAGAUUGUCUUUGUAUGGAACCAUUAAAAAACAUCAAGGUUAUUGCAGAUGUCUGGAGUUAGCAACUGCCAGUUAUAAAUACUUGUUCAGCCAAGGUUUUACCCAUGGUUUUUCCAGGAUUUUACCCAGGUUAUUUUUACCCAGGUUUUUAUUUUUACCCAGGGUUUGAAAACAAUUUUGUGCAAAGUAGGAUGGCGAAUGACCCAGUCUCUCAUGAUAUUUUGUCUUGUGACCUUAUUCUGGCGAGCAUAAUCUUUCUUAUAGUGCUCAUAAAUAGGUACCUUUUGUGCUUAAGCUACUCUAUGAGGUUGAGGCUUGGGAUAAAUAAGGGAAUAAAAGGGUAGCGACGAGGUCUUAAACGGCCGUUUAAAACAG